GCGUGUAAUUAAAUAAAAUCUCUCGCUUGUAAAAUCUUCCUCCUCGUGAAUUAGAUAUUAUAGAUCGCAGCGCAGGACAUUGAUGAUGAAUAUGCAUUUACGCAAUUGGUAAUUGCUUCAUACGUGUGAUGUCAUUUGUGAACAUAAACUUGUCUCUCGGUAAAAUUAGUCUAAGCGAUAUAUGUCGAUAUAUUUUCACUUUAUAAAAUUCAUUUUUCAAUUUCAUCCUAAAAAGAAAAAAAAAAUAUAUAUAUAUAUAUAGAAAUCGUGCGUUGCUUGAUACGAUUCGUAUUUUUAAGUUCCUCUUUUUGAUCAUGCUUUCAUUUUCUGAUUUAUCAUUUAACCAAGGAAAUGUUUUCAUUAAUUGCGACAACCUUUGCAAUUUACGUUUUCACUUUCAUUCGAAGAAAAUGCUUCAGUUGUUAUAGGAUUAUCAUUUGUAUGUUAUUAAUGCUGUUUUAACGAUUUAAUCGUUCCAUUAAGAAUCAGUGAUUGUUUUUACUUUUUAAGAGAUUUCUCUGAAAUAAACUAAUUUUAUUUUUUUUUUUUUCUGUUGCCGAAUAUAUAGACAUUUGAUUAAUUUAUUAUUGAAAAUUUUUUGUUAUUCGAUUAUUAUGUUAUUCCUGAUCUUAGAUCUGAGGAUAUUAAUUUAAUUGUAAGAUUAGAAUUGCUUGCCUUUUACAUUGAUUAGUGAUUAUUAUAUAAAGAAUAUGGCAGAAGUACUUACCUAUUUUCAAUGCAUCAUGUCAAAAAUGGUUGCAAUCAGCGUUUAAUCUUUCAGAUAGUAAAAAUUAAUCAUGGAUGUUUCUUAACACUUCUUAUCGUACAUAAGGAAGCAGCACAGUUUGUAUAAAAUGUUAAUGUUGAGUUAAUAAAUUGUUCCAAUGUAUAAAAAUGUGCAUAUGUCUGUAUUCCUGCUUUAUGUUAAUUGUUACUUUGGCAAUCUCACAAUCAUAUGAAAGAACAUUAUAAGAAAAACUGAGAUGUGGUAAAAAAAAUUCUAUAUAAAAAUUAAUUUAUCUAUGUUCUAAAUACGUUUUAUAAAAAGUAAAGAAAAACACAUGAAUAAGUGUUUUCAAAAAUAUAUUUCAUAAAGGUAUUUUCAAUUCAUUAGAUUCAAAUGAAGAAGCUCAUUGAUUAAAAACAUCAUUUAACAUAUAAUAUACUUUGAUCAUAGACAACCUUCAGGUUUGAUUUUAAACAGUAAACACACUUCUUGUAAUAAGUUUUUCAAGAUUUUAGCCUGGUCCUUAACGCUCUAAAAUAAUUAUGUUAUGUUUAAAUAGAUAGGAAACAAAUAUUAAUAUAUAAUUAGGAUUAUUAUAUACUUACAUCAUUAAGAGAGAUUGUAGGUAUAAAAGAAAUUCGUGGCUUAAGAGCACUUGUCAAUUCUCCGUAUUUAGCUAAAAGUUCUUUUCCUUUUGCUCCGGAAUAACAUUUGGAAAUGACAUUAGAAUCCACAUUCAUUUUCUGUGCACAAAUUUCCAUGAUAUUUUCUGGAUCUAUAUUAUUUUUAAUCAUGCAAGAUAAGUAAUUCAAUAGAAGUGAUUGAUCUUUUAUAAGAUCAAUGGCGCAUGCAUGUAUUAUAUUUCCUUGGCAUUCAAUUGGUCCGUGUUGACAUUUAAAUUCAUAAGUAUGAUCCUUUUGUGUUGUCUAGAAUAUAAAAAUUUUUUAUUAUUAGCUAUCAUUACUAUUAUGAAACAUUUUAUUUUAUAUAAUUAUAAUAUUUAAAUAUAUUGCUUUACCGUAGCUUUUCCAUAUGGUAUCAAUGUGAUCUGUACACUUUCCUUUAGUUUCACAUAAGUUGGCAAUAAAUGAUAUACAAAAAAACUUCGUGAAUCAGGACACAGCGUCUCAUAAUAUACAGUUAUAUGAACUAUUUCUUUUGCAUUAACUUCCUUCUCUAUUAUCCUUACUUCGCUUCCCAAAAAUUCUCCUGUUCAAAUUGAUAAAAAAUAGUUAAGAGAAACUUAACUUCAUAUUGCAUGUAAUUAUUGAGCUUUUUGACAAAUAACUAUAAACAUAUAUGUAUAAAAAUAGUUUUUUCUUACCUUCUGUAACAUGAUCUUGUGCAAACGAUAACCAUAUUUUUGAAGAUUGCCAUAGAAAUAUAAUUAUAAUAACAAUCAGCAAUAGUUUCCAUCGAAAACUACCUAACCCCAUUAUCUAAAUUUAUUCUCUAUAAAUACUAAAAUAUAAAAUUAAGGAUUAAAAGAUAUUUUAUCCAUAUAUAUAAUUAUAUAAAUAUUAACUUACCAAUGUGUAAACUUAUCCAUAAAGAUUGCAAACAUAUAGACAUUAUUUUUAUACCUAUUUUAAAGGUCCAUAUGUUGAUAUGAUGUUUUAAGAUGACACCACGUACAAAUUGAUUUUUGACUGUAAAAAUUAAUAACAUUAAAUCUUUUACCUAUUAAAUAAUAAAUAAUAAUACUCUGAUAAAAUUAAAACAUACUUACUUAACUUUAUUAUGUAUCUAUCCUUUUGACGAAACAAAAAAAAACACUUUUAUCUUUCCGAUAAAUACAUUAUUUCACCUUCUUAUGUUUCAAGAAAAUGUAUGAACGUUAAUUGACACGUAUUCCGGUAUAACCAAGAAAGAAAAAGAUUUGUCAUUAAUCUUUUGACAAACAUUCAAAAGGUAUAACCUCAUACAAUAAUUGAUGAAGUUAAUAUAAAUUGUUUCAUUGUAAAGAAAACUUUACGAUAAUUUUUAUUUCUUCUAUAAUAAUUGUUAAUACGCGUAACAACACCGUAGUUGUAUUUUUCUUUCGCUGGGUGGCGGUACAAAAAUUUACCGAUGCAUGCCAUUUUAAGAAACGCGCCAAUCGUUCACUUUAUUUAGAUAUAAUAAGUCGUACGUAUGUUUAGUUCGAUAUUUCGAGUUUCGAUAAUUUUACUAUACGAUAAUAUAUGGUACAUGAUAAUGUAUGUGCAUGCGUGUUCACGGAUUUACACAUUUAGUCAAAUGUCUGCUUGAUUGGAUAUACGUGAUUUUACAUAACCUAUAAAAGAUAUAAACAGAGUCAACUUCUUAAUAAUUUUAUUAAUUGUAUUAAUUGUGUAAAAUAAAAGAACAGGAAUAACAGAGUCUAGAGAAUUAAGGUAUUCAUAGGAAUAAUUAUUUUAAUAUUAUACAAUAAAAUAUGGAGAAGGAUCGAAAACCACGUGUAUUAUUAGAAGAAUAUGGGAUACCAAACAUGGCAGAAUAUUCUUACGAACCAUGGAGCUUACAAAAAUUUAAAGAAACAUUUAGAAUAGAAAUCGUAAAGGAGUCCAAAGAUGAAAGAGAAUUAGAAUUUGAUCUGAUUGGUUGUCAUUCCUCGCUUGCAAAUGCUUUACGUAGAAUACUAUUAAGCGAAGUACCAACUAUGGCUAUUGAAAAAGUUUUUAUAUUAAAUAAUACCAGUUUAAUUCAAGAUGAGGUAUUGGCACACAGGCUUGGGCUUAUACCUUUAAAAGCUGAUCCUAGAUUAUUUGAAUAUCCAUCUACUAAUGAGAAAGAUGAAAAUGAGGUUAGUGAUCAGGAUACAUUAAGGUAUGAGAUGAAAGUGACAUGUUCUUGGAAUCCACAGCCCCCAAAAGACUCUAGACGACCAAAUGAUAUAUAUAGAAAUAAUAAUGUUUACAGUAAAGAUAUUAAAUGGAUACCAAUCGGACGUCAAGCAGAAUUAUAUCCUAAAGGUACAGAACAAUUGGGUGUUUUAGAAAGUGAUAUUUUAGUUUGUAAAAUGAGGCCAGGGCAAGAAAUUCAUGCAUUUAUGCAUGCAGUAAAAGGUAUUGGAAGAGAUCAUGCAAAGUUCUCCCCAGUAGCUACCGCUUCAUACAGGUUAUUACCAGAUAUUCAAAUAACAAAAACUGUAAGAGGAGAAAUGGCUCAACGUUUGAAAAGUUGUUUCAGUCCUGGUGUUAUAGAAAUUGUAGAACGCCAGAAAGGCGAUCCAAAUUCACGAGAAGCUGUGGUAAAAAAUGCUCGCUAUGAUAGCUGCUCUCGCAAUGUUUUCCGUCAUGAUGAUUUAAAGGAUUGUGUGCAACUAAGUCGAAUAACAAAUCAUUUUAUUUUUACUAUAGAAUCUGUUGGUGCAUUACCAUCUAGUAUAUUAUUUACAGAAGCAGUCAAAACAUUAAAAUCAAAAUGUAAAACAUUUAUAGAAGAACUUGAAAAUCCAUCAUAAUAAAUUUCAUAUCUUAUA